AUGAAGGCGAGUUGUGACAGGUAUUGGAAUGGGCCGGCGGCAUUCCAGUGGCCGACACCCAUUCCUCACUCCCCCACAAAGAUGCCAAACAUCGCACGCCCCGUGAAGGAUAUCAAUGAAGAUUUCCGACUCCUCAAGAACAUCAAUGACGACGUCUGGCUCGCCGAGAGAAAAUCCGACAACCAGCCCUUCAUUGCCCGCCGCUUGGAGGAGUUUGAUGGGCUCAUAGAGGCCGUGCGGAGGGGCAACGACGUCGGGGACAGCCGCCUCGACGACAUCCGCGGGCUCGCCGGGCUGCUCUCCGACUGCGGCAUGGACACGGCGCUGGCCCAGCUCCUCAACCACGAAAAUCUCGUCUCGCUAGCGGGCGUCAUCAACGAGAAGCAUACAAAGGCCAGCCAGUACUCGAGCCGAGUGCAGCGCAUCUGGCUCGUAUGGGACUACUGCGACGGCGGUAACCUUCAGGAACUCUUCCUCGACGGACACGUCGCCCUCGAGCACACGCCGUACUACUACAUGCCCGAGGACCUGUGCUGGCACGUGCUUAGGUCCGUCCUGAGGGGCCUAGUCUGGCUCCAGACGGGACAACGAUUCUUCUGCACCGAGGCCAAGCCGUACAUCCAGGACCUCCGGGCCGUGGAUGAUGAUUGGUAUCCCAUCUUGCAUGGUGGUGUGAAGCCCGAGAACAUCUUCUUUCAGCUGCCGCGCGGUGGGGAAAAAUAUGGGCCGUGCAAGCUGGGCAACUUCAGCAAAGCCUACAUCUCGGGUAAGCAAUGCACAGAAGCGAUGCCGUUGCCGGAGGCGCAAGGCGAGGACCGUACAGGUCUAGUGGCCUCGCUGCGGGAUGGUAAGAUGGCGGAUUGGGACCAUAUCAGGUAUAGUUGGUACGAGGAUUGGUCCAAUGCGCCCAAGGUAAGUGCUGCAACUAUCGCUGAGCCAGGAAAGACUGCAUCCCCCAAGAUUGAUGCUGACCAAGGCGCGGGUGGGAAGUGCAAGAGCACGACUGACAGCCAUUUCCAAGCGGUGCUAUAUACCAAGCACUAUUCCACCUUUCUCAUCCGCGCGGUCCUCGGGUUGCUGUCCCCCUUUACCGGCAAUGCCAGCCUCCGGGGCACCAGCUCGGGCCCUCGGAUUAUGCUAGACGUCGAGGAUCAAUACGCGCAGUGGCUGGAGAGGACGGAAGAGGGCCGGGACUUUUACGGGAUCGAUGAUGACCUCCUGAGUCGCUGUCGAGACGAGUCCGGACCGAAGAAGUCGAAGCGAGCCCUAUUCACCUGGGCGGGCAACGAAGUUGUAUCGGAUGAGGAGGAGGAGGAAGAGGAGGAGGUAGAAAAUGACGCUGACAUUGUCGCGGACGAUGGUGAAAUUUCAUGA